AUGCCCCGUUUCAGAGCCGCAUCUUCCCAGUCUACCCCCCAACAACAAAAGCAAACCCCUUUUCAGGAAUUCAAAAUGGCAUUUAAUAAUCCGGGUCUUCACCGAAUCGACCGCCCGUUUCUGCCUCUGUACCAUAUCUACGAAGAUUUCGACAAUUACCUGCGUCGCGCGAGUGGACACGCCGCGGUUGGAUGGCAGCCCAAGUUUGACAUUGACGAGACCAAAGAGGCGUAUCAGCUGUAUGGAGAAUUUCCAGGAAUAAAGAAGGAAGACGUCAAAAUCGAGUUUCCUGAGCCGCAGACGAUACAUAUCCACGGCGAGCGGAAGCAGAGUGACACUGGCAGCAGCCCUCAGUCGACGGGGGCCGGCGGCGACGGGACCGAUUUCGACCAGCAGCGCAGGAAUGGGAAGGGAGAAGAAGCCACGGCGGAAGUAGAGAACGAGAGGCUGGCCGAUGAGCCCAAGAAGUGGCUUACGGAGCGGCGCACGGGCGAUUUUUCUCGCAUAUUCACGUUUCCGGGUCGUGUCGAGCACGACAAUGUCAGUGCUGUAAUGGAAGAUGGCAUUCUCAUGGUCACAGUACCAAAGUUGGAGCCUCAUGCUGCUCACCAGGUUACCAUUCAAUGA